AUGCCACAAGAAUGCUGUUUUUCUGGGUGUGGGUGCCAAAAAUUUAAACCACAUUUAUCAUUAAAUGAUGAGAAUAAAGAUCUUUGUAGAUUAUGUGGCCAUGAUGAAGGGUGGCAUAAACAAGAGGUGACUACCUCAACUACCUCCAACAUAAAUCAAAUUAAUUUACAGAACAGUAACAAUUCAAAUAACAAUCUCAGGGAAAAUAUACAAAAUUUUUUGUCAUCAGAACGCACAAAUACCUAUUCUAGUAGUAUUAUUCAAAACAGUACUAUGGUUGGUUCUAGCAGCUCAUCACCAUAUAAUAUUCAACAAAGCUGUGCACGAAAUAUUUCAUUUGAUAUACAAAGGGCUAAUUUAAGAUAUUCUCUUGCAAAAAAUAAGAGAAAAAAUAAUACAAAGAAAAUUAAAAAGGUAUCCUUUCAAAUCAUAGUCUUAGACAAAGAUGACUAUAUUAUUCCUGCUGAAGGUGAUGACAAAUGGAACUAUCUUGAAAAUCAUAGUUACAUUAAAACUAUUGAAUUUGAUGAAAACAGUAAUGAAUAUAUUAACAGGAAAAUAAUUAAUAACUUUCCUAUAUUAAACACUGGUUGGAAGAUUUAUCGUCCAGAAUCUACAACUAAACUAUCCCUAUCACCUUUUUCAGCAAAUGAACCUUAUACUUUAAAGAUUUUAAAAAGUGCUGCUACUAAACGUCAAAGAUUAUACUUAAAGCCAGAUAUGAGAAAUUCUAAUUUAUCACAAAAUAAUUAUGAUUCAGAUAACUUAAUUGAAUCAACCUCUGAAAUGAUGGACAAUGAAAUGGUUGACUCUAGAUUAAUCACAGAAACUGAUAUCACGACAUCUAAUAUUGAUAACAUUUAUCAAUUAUCAACAACAACUCAUUCUAAUAAUUUUCACAACCAAUCUACUAGUACUAAUCUCACCAAUCAAAACAAUGAAAUGUUUGAUACUACAAAUUCUAUUUUUGAUAGUAAAGAUUCUUCAAAUAUUGAUUUUUUUUCUUUCAUUGAUGGCAUUAAAAAUGAAUUAGAAGCUUUGCACAUAGAUGCUAAAAAUAAAUCAAUUCAUAUUACAAUUGCUAAAAACAACAUCAUUUUAUUGUAUGAGUGGGUUAAAAAGGCAAGCAUUACAGAUGUAAUAUCCAAACCAUGCCUUGAAAUUAUUGGUGAAAAUGUGAUUGAUUCAGGUGGUGCAUUUCGUGAGAUGACCCAGUAUUUUUGGGACAACAUUGAAUUUCUUCAGCCAGAAUGGUUCAAUAAUGGAAUGAUUGCUGAAGAUAUGAUUGUAGUUGAUGAAAUGCCAUUGUAUCUUGGUAAAUUAAUGUUUUGGUGUUUCAUUCAUCAUGGAGCAUGGCCAAAAUGGUUUGAUCCUUUUCAAAUUGAAUAUAUAAUGGGAGCACCAAUUGAUGUGAAUGAAAGACUAAAAGAAAAAAAUAGAUACUUGUACAAGAUAUUUAGUGGACUUAAAAACCAGGAUGAAGUUUGGUUGAAUAAUUUUCUCACUUAUGCAGAUUCUCAUAACUUCAAUGUUGACAAAUCAAAAAUAAGUUGUGAUGAAGCAGCAAAUUUAUUAUCAAAUCAUUACAUCAUUGAACAACGUAAAAAAAACCUUGAAUUAUUUAAAGAAGGUUUUAAUUUUUUAGGGAUCAUUGAUAAAUUUAAAGUGAUAGGUUGGAAAAAAAUUGAAAAUGUUCUCUAUAGCAAACUUUCUUCAACAGAACUUCUUGCUCAAAUGGAUUCAAACACUUUAUUUUUUACAACCAAACAAAAGAAAUUAUUUAAUGAGUUCUAUAAUUUUAUUAAAGAAAUCAAUGAUGUGGAAAUGAUAGAGAAAAUAUUGAAAUUUAUCGAAUGGAGAACAUGUGAAGGAAAAUUGUUGCAUAAAUUAGCUUAUGCAUCCACAUGUUCUAAUACAUUGAUCUUGUGUGAAGAUUAUGAAAUAUCAACACAAGGUUUUGCACAAUUUAGAAACGAUUUAAUUGAGGCAUUUUAUAAUUGUGAAGGAUUUAGUGAAAAAUCAUAUAAUCAUGCAUAUCUAGCAAGUUCUGCAAUUAAUACAUCAUAUUCCAAUAAUGAUAGACUUGUAAAUAUCAACACAAAUCAACCUGAAAUAAUUGAUUUAGAAAGUAAUAACUUAUCAAAUGAAAUCAAUUCAUUUCCACUGUAUUCUAACUGUAAUUCACAUUCUUCACCUCAACAACCUUCAUUUCAAAUGCCUACCCAAGACCAACUACAACAUAAUCCAUAUAUUAGAAACAAUUCCAAUAAUAAUGGAAACAAUAAUGUCCAAAGAAGAUAUAGACAAAGACAAAGAUCUAAUAAUAAUAACUUUGAAUUUAUUAACUAUUCUAUUGAUAAUUAUGUUAAUGGUAACCAACAUUAA